UAAGAUGAUAUUGCAUUUGUAAUUUCAAAGUUAUCCAGUACUAUUAUAAGCUAUCCAAUGUUAUGUCAAAAGUUGGUCCAUCGGGAGGGAAAAAAGUUGGUUCAUCAGAAGGGAAACCAAGACGUAGCAAUGCCUGGGUUAGACUACGUAAACAUUUUAACAGAAAAGGAGUGGUUGAGGUUGAUAUGGACCAUCAUAGAUACAAAAUGCUCAACAUGCUCAGGAAAGGCAUACAAGAUCUUAUGCUAAACCAUAAAGAACUUGGACCUAAGAGAGAACUUGCACAAGAAGAUUACCAUCAUUUAUUCAUUAAAGAAUUGGAAACAAAAAGUGGAAGGAAAUUUACAUUUACAAGUCACUCAAGUGCUGUAUUUGCCUCUCUACGUCAGGCAGUCAGUGUAACAGAAGAUCAUUACCUCAAUGCAAUAGCACCACAUGAUUUACCUUACAUGGAAUUUAUGAGUAAUUCUCGUAGUGGACAGGACUUUUAUCUCAGCAAUGACCAGGAAUAUAUACUGAAAACAGACAAGACACAUAAUAUAGAUAUUUUUAAAUCAUUUUUGUCAGAAUAUUUAGACCAUUUUCAGCUGUAUCCCCAUUCACUCAUUGUCAAAUUUCUUGGAGUUUACUCAUUAGAAGGCCCUGGUUUUCCAAAGACACAUUUUUUAGCUAUGCAGAAUAUAUUUUACCCUCCUCAAAGAAUUGAAACAAGAUUCGAUAUCAAAGGGUGUACGAAAAAUAGAUAUCAAAAGCCCAACUCUUCCGAAAGAAAUAUUUUAACAAUAUUAAAAGAUGUGAAUUUUCUUCAUGAAUCUAUUGAUCUUGGUGUACAGAAAGGAUGGUUUCUACGACAGCUACAGAUAGAUGCAGAUUUUCUACGUCAAGUUGGUGUUCAGGAUUACAGUUUAUUGAUUGGUAGACAUAAAAUCUCAAGUUCAGAAGUUAAAGAUUCAGUCAGUGAUGUUUUUAUUAGAGUUCAAAGGUCUUAUGCCAUAACAGGUGGGCUACCAAAACAUACUUUGAAAAAUUUAAGUGCUGAUUUACCUGUGGAAAGUGACAAAGAUAACCCUGGAAAUAGGUCAACCAUGCAGAUAGAAAUGACUCAUCAAAAAACAGGCAAUCAAGUGCGAAAAAGUAUUUAUACAGUGCCUGACUUUUUAAAGGACCCUGGGAAUGAUAAUUUUCAACAAACAUCUAACCGUAGGUUGUUGUUGAACUGUAAAAAUCCAUUGCAUGUGAUAAAUGGAUCAGAAUAUAGGUAUUAUUUAGGUAUAGUUGACUUUUUUACGCAAUACGAAUGUAGACAGCAAUUAGGACGAGUUCUUAAAACUUUGAAAUAUCGUUCGACUGAUCAUUCGACUGUUCCACCUGAUGUAUACUCAGAACGUUUUGUGAAGUUUAUUACUGAGAAAACAAGGGGUUUUGUAUAAAAGCAGAAAAAAAUGCUUUUUUAUUUUUCAUUAUAUAGAUUUAUUAAUUACAUAUAAAGGUAUUGCAAAUCAAAAUCAAAAUGGCAG